AUGGAUUCGGAAGAUUCACGAGAUCAGACUUCAUCAAGUAGUAGCAGUACUAGCUCGAGAAGUCGAAGGAGCUCAUCAUCAGAUAGAAGCGAACAUUCCAAAAAGGGGGCAAAGUCCCCUCCACAAUCUCCAAGAUCCCCUAGGUCUCAUGGUCCACGUUCACCCUCUCCAGAGAGUCGUUCUCAGUCUCCAUCACCACAAUCUCCCAUACAGGGAAAAAGACCACAAUCACCAGGUAACCUGAGUGGAGCACAUUCAGAUAUAAAUUCCCCGGAAAAUUCAAUACCUGCAUCUCCAGGUGGUCCUAAGUCCCCGAGUGAUGCGGGAUCAAAUGUAGGAUCACCAGGACAUGGUGAUCAGUACUCUUCAGCUCCACCCUCAGCUGGAGAGGGACCAAAGACACCACAGAGUCCUAGCAGCCCGGCUAGAUCUACUCAUGGUUCACCAAACAAUAGAUCUAGACCAGCUUCUCCUGACUCCCCAAGGGAACCCAACAGGAGAUCACCUUCAUCAAGUCCUUCUCCUGAUAGAAAGUCAUAUAGAUCAUCACCACAAACAUCACCUACUGCUAAGCGUAAUGACUGGAGUCCAAAGGAAAGGAAUGAGAAGUGGAGAAGGCAUACUAAAGCAGAACAAAAGAUGGUCCCUGUUCCACGUGAACGCAGUAGAUCAGAUUCUAGUCGCUCAAGUAGGAGUUCUUCAUAUAAUAAAAGGAGUAACAAAGAUCCUGCUACAGAAGAAAUUUCAGAAGGGGAAAUGGAAUCAGACCAAGAGGACAGAAAAUCUAGAAGUAAAUCCAGGACUAGUGAUAAACCUGAUGGAAAAGACCUAAAUAUAAGUCAUGAGGAUUUGUCAGAUGUAUCUGACUUGGAAUCCAUGGAACCAGAGGAGACGGAGAAAGGCUCAAAGCCCAAGUCUCCCCCAGCAUCACCAGAGCAUAUAGCUGAAAAUGUGAACGGCGCAAGCAAUCAGUCAUCACCACGAUCAGAUAGUGGAAAGGCUGAAACACCUAAAUUAGAAAAAGUACCACAAGAAAAGACAAGCAAUACAGAGGAUGGCGAGGAGCAAUUAGAUUUUGAAGCAGAAGAAGGAGAGUGUAUAGAGCCAAAACCUGUAGAACAACAGGCUACUAAUGGCGACGCGGAAGACAAAGGAGAAAAGGGUAAAUUUAUUUCCUUAGUAUCCAUUUUCUAUUAA